AUGAGCUGCAUGCUUACUAUUAGAUCCUGCGCUGACGCUGAACGUGAUCUUCUUGUGUCUUUAAGGCUCAAAAUGUUGCGUAGCGCGUAUGGUUUUGCGACUUUACAUUCUCGUGCAGUCCUCCAAUGGCAAGGCCGCAGAUCUAUAAUCCUAACCGCAGAACUGCAAAAGGCUUUGGAAGAGUUGCCCGAUAGCGGUGUCGUGGUGAUUGGAGGAGGGCAUGCGGGGUGCGAGGCGUCGAGCGCCGCAGCUCGAGCAGGAGGUAAGGCUACCCUUGUUACGCCUUCCCUUGAUAAAAUUGGCACCUGCUCGUGUAACCCAUCUAUGGGGGGUAUUGGUAAGGGCACGUUGCUGAGAGAGGUUGACGCGCUAGAUGGUCUGGCGCCGAGAGUAACGGAUUUAGCAGGCCUGCAGUUCAAGGUCUUGAAUCGGAGCCGCGGAGCCGCAGUUUGGGGCCCCCGUGCACAGAUUGACAGGAAAAUUUAUAUGCGUGAGAUGCAAAGGGUAAUGACGAAUUAUCCUGGUCUGACGCUGUUGGAAGGCAGCGUGGAUGACCUUGUAGUGGAAGAGAAGGAGGUAGCGGGGACUAUCAGGAGGAGUAUCAGAGGCGUAAUUCUCCAGGACCAGCGGCUGUUACGGGCAUCCAGGGUGGUACUAACCACGGGCACUUUCCUUGGCGCCGAGAUUCACAUCGGGUUACAGUCCUUUCCUGCCGGGAGGCUGGGCGAAGCGCCAACCUACGGUAUAAGCAAGACUAUGCGUGGACUCGAUUUCAUGAUGGGAAGACUUAAAACUGGUACGCCAGCCCGCUUGGACAAGAAUAGUAUAGAUUACACUGGAAUGACUCGUGAAUUUGGCGAUGAGCCCCCGCAUCCAAUGAGUUAUUUAAACAAUAAGGUUGCAGCUGAAAGACAAGAAGUCUGUUUUGGCACGCACACCACGAAGGAGCUGCAUGCUUAUGUGGUAUCUAAUCUACAUCAGAGCAUUCAUAUUAAGGAGACUGUCAAAGGGCCGCGGUAUUGUCCCUCCCUUGAGGCCAAAGUACUAAGGUUUCCGCAUAAAGAUUCCCACAGAAUAUGGCUGGAACCAGAAGGAUGGGACAGUGAGGUUAUUUAUCCGAAUGGUAUUUCCAAUUCGAUGCCAGAGGACGUCCAGCAUAGGAUGCUACAGAUGAUACCAGGCCUCGCAAAUGUGAAGAUGUUGUAUCCUGCUUAUGGUGUAGAAUAUGACUAUAUUGAUCCAAGAGAACUGAAACAGACACUAGAAACCAAACGGGUUGACGGUCUCUACCUGGCUGGGCAGAUAAAUGGCACCACGGGCUACGAGGAGGCAUGUGCCCAGGGAAUCGUAGCAGGUGCUAACGCGGGAUUGGCGUCGGUUGGGAAAUCGCCUCUAAUAAUUGGAAGACCCGACGCCUAUGUGGGCGUCUUGAUUGAUGAUCUGAUCACAAAGGGUGUGGAGGAACCCUACCGCAUGUUCACCACGCGCUCCGAGUUCAGAUUGACGGUGCGUGCAGACAAUGCGGACAUGCGUCUGACAGACCUGGGCCAUAGGGCAGGCGUCGUCGGCGAUGAACGGUGGAAGACGUUUACAGAACACAGGGCCCUCUACAACGACAUUCAUGAAAAGCUUAACCACUACACAUGCUCCAACACCCAAUGGCACAAACUCUGCAAUGAGGUGGUCCGCUCACCACAGAAAGGUGUAUCUGCGUGGGAAAUGUACAAAUACUCCAACAUCAACCUCGCGCUGCUGGCCGCCAGCGUCCCCGAUCUCAACAUUGACAUCGGUAGUGUGCCCGUACAUGUCAUGCACAAGCUGGACGCGGAGGGCCGGUACGCCCCGUACCUGAAAAAGCAGCGCCAGCAAGUGCACGCGUACCAGGCCGACGAAAACAUACGUCUUCCUGAUAACAUCGACUACAGCACGGUCCAGGGCAUCAACACAGAGGGCCAGCUGCUGCUCAACCGCGUCAGGCCGCAGACGCUCGGCCAGGCACGCCGUAUCCAGGGCAUCACCCCCGUGGCGAUGUUUGAGCUCUACAAGCUAGCCGCCAAGCGUGCGCCAAGAGCAGACCUCACAGCAUAA